ACAAACACGAAGUGAAUGCCGCAAGUCAAGUACAGACGCCAUUAAAUGAACCGUUGCGUAUCGUAGCUGGUUUGUCAAAUUAUUGAUGCGGUGGUUUGAAUUGAAGUGCGAAGCUCCGCAUUUCCAAUAAUAUUCGUUUUUAUAUAGUAUAUUUUAAUUUAAGUAAAUGAAUUUGUGAUUUGUGUAAAAUUGAGUUUAUAUUAUUUGUCUUAAGUGCUUAUUUAGUUAAUCAUGGUUCUGGCGGAACGAAGUAAUGAUGUUCGAAACGGGAAGCGGUCGAGAGGGCCUAGCCCCAAUGGCCAUGGAAGUCCAGAUUCCAGUUCUGAGGAUGAAAAUGUAGUGCCAUUUGCAGCUGAGAAGAUAAGAGUAGGACGGGAUUACCAGGCAGUGUGCCCCGAGCUGGAACCCUUGGAACAGCGAAGACCCGAACUCAUUUCUGACAGAGCGUUGCUUGUCUGGUCACCUACUUGUGACAUAUCUGAUUUGAAAUUGGACGAAUACAUAACUAUAGCUAAAGAAAAAUAUGGAUAUAACGGUGAACAAGCACUUGGUAUGCUAUUCUGGCAUAAACAUGACUUAAAUAGGGCCUCAAUGGAUUUGGCAAACUUCACACCCUUUCCGGAUGAGUGGACAGUGGAGGAUAAAGUGCUGUUUGAGCAAGCAUUCCAGUUUCAUGGCAAAAGUUUUCACAGAAUUAGGCAGAUGUUACCUGAUAAAUCAAUAGCAUCAUUAGUUAAAUAUUACUAUUCAUGGAAAAAAACAAGAGCACGGACAUCACUGAUGGAUGUGGUCGGUGAAGGACGCACCGCUACAGGAUCAGGCACAGGCAAGCGGGACUCUGGUGCUGGCUCAGAGCCCGGAGGCUCCGACAAGGAGUCUGAUAAUGAUGAGAAGAAGUGGACUAUCCAUCGGGGUAUUGUCCGCGGGAGCAGGUCGCCCGGCCCGGCGACGCGCGGCGAGCGCAGCGGCUCGCAAGGCGCCCAGGGCGAGAACGGCGGCGAGGGCGCGGGCAAGUGGUGCUCGGUGUGCGGCAUUCAAUGCUCCCAGACCACGGCGCACAACUCGCAAAAGCUGUGUCAGGCCUGCCUCGUGCACGCCAGACGCACGGGGACGAUGAGACCGCUCUGUGGCCCGUCGGGGCGGCGCGGGCCCGGCUCCAAACAGCAGCGAUACAAGCACCGGCUGCCGAGAGGCAUUUACAUCAAUCAUGAUGAUCUGGUGGCCAUGGCGACCGGCCCGCAGCCCGGCGAGCCUUCGCAGCCCGGGCUCGUCAAUCAGGGCGAGGCGAUGCUCAAAGCCAUGGACAGAGAAAUUAUAUCUCUCAAGAGACAAGUGCAACAGAAUAAGCAGCAAUUGAGUGCAAUGAAGCGUAAAGUCGGAGACAGUGGCGUUGAGGAACUGAGGCCUGGUGAGCCUCCAGCCAAAAUUAACUCGCGUUGGACUAAUGAUGAACUAUUAAUGGCCGUGACAGCAGUUAGGAAAUACGGCAAAGACUUCCAGGCCAUCGCAGAGACACUGGGCACGAAGACCGAAGCGCACGUACGCACGUUCUUCAUCUCGUACCGUCGACGAUACAACCUGGACGCCGUGCCGGGAGAGCAUGAGGCCGACCGCGGCAACGCCAACCACAUACCCGCAGGAACCACAAGCACGGAGAACGCUGAAAGUGCCGUUGAUAACGCUAAUGCUAACAAUGGGACAUCUUCCCCACAAAUCACAUCUAAGGAUGAAAAAACGGAAGUAGACAGCGAGGGCGUAGCCAUCGGCGCGCCGGCGGAGCAGGGCGGGCCGCCCACCACGCCGCCCAAGCACAAGCCCACCAAGUGAUGCGCACCAACACACCCUGGCAAACACUGCUACACCUAACCAACACCAACAGGUCAUGUAACAUAGUAGGAUCAGGACCUCGCGGGUCACAGGCUCUUUCGGUCCUAAUAGAAGAAGGGUGUCCCAAAAAUGUAUACGUUAUCGUCGUAAGGUUGGUGCCCCAACUUAAGUACCCACGUUGCCAUACUAACUGUAUAGAAAAGUGGAUACUUACGUUUGAAUAGAGUAGGAAUGAUAUCAUGGACACUUUUCUUCCAUUACGAUAAAAGAAUUUGGCAAUUCUGUGUAGAAAUAAAACAUGUUAUUUUCAUGGAAUAGAAAAGUGAGGGGUGCGUUUCGCCUCGAUCUCAAAAUGCCACAUUUUUAUUAAUGUUCUGAAGUAUCCUUGAAUUGUAUAGUUUGGUGUAGGUUAAAAAUGCGAUAUUUUGGGAUGAAGCCAUAUUUAGGUGCAUAUAUUUGACAAUUUUAAUGAAUUUAUAGAGUCAUUGUAUCACUUGCUUUUCAUCCAUAGUAAAUCACAGAAUGAUUUGCUAAGUUUGCUGAAAUGAGUGUAUCGAAGCAAUAUAUUCACAAUUAGAAUAUUUAUUCUAUGACAUUUCUUAAAUUUCUUAUGUAAUGAAUUUUAAUUUUCCUACCGGGAUAUGUAGUACCUAAUUAAAUCUUGUGAUGAUAAGAAAUAAUUUAGACAUUUUUUAAAUAAAAAGAAAUAAAAUGUUUAACCCUCGUAGAACAUGCAAUAGGGUUGUCAAGCUAUUAGUAUCUUACUAUCAAGUAUUGUCACAAAAGAACAUUCGUGUUGCUAUAACAUUCUGAAUUCGCCUAAUAUACACCACAGAUAGGGCUAUUUUGAAAUAUUUAAAACAACAGUGUGAUCAGUGAUCAGUCAGUAUUUCGCAAAUGUGAUAAAAAUGAUAUAGUAAUUUGACAAUCUGUCAAGUACUGUCAUAUGUCAUAUUAUCGCAUUUCACUUUUGCGAAAUAAUGCCUCGUUGUAAAUCCAGAUCCUUAGACGUCAUAGGCUCAAUGUGAUGCACAAAAUGUGCACAUGUAAAACGAUAUUGUGCUAAAUGUAAUAAAUAAAUUAUGGAAGAUACAAGUGAUGUAGAUGAUGUUUUGGCGGUUGUAUAUUAAAAAGGACAGAGUACCUACUGUCAGUAUCAGUAUACGCUUCAGGAAAGCAUCAUUUUAUUGAAUUGGAUUAUUCAAGUUAUAAGACUAGGUUUUGUGAAGGCAAGUUUCACGUCACAUGAUAAACAUCGAAGUACUGGUUUAGUAUGACAUGCUUAUUACUGGCUUUUAUAAAAUCCAUGCUUACAGUCACAUUUUGUUGACUUCUAAACGAAUGAUAAGGGUAUAUUCAUAAAAUAAUCACUGUUUGGCUAUUAAUGGAUGCAUCACGGCAGAUGUGACGUCCCACGGUUAAAGGUACCUUAUGGCGCUUACGGUAUUAUUAACGCCGCUCCAAUACUGUUGCGGUGCUAUAUGCGACAUAAGCGACAGCUGCCAUAAGGUACCUUUCCCGUGGAAAGUCACAAAUUUUAAACUAAACACUAUCAAUGAUCUCCCUGGAUUUGUGUGAUAGCGUUUCUAAGGUAUAGAAAUAUAUUCACUUGCCUUGAAUGAGGAUAAAUUAUGUCUCGUAUACUCGCAUCUUAAUAUACGCAUAUGACAGAGUACUGCAAAUAUUGCGGUGUUACUGAUAAUAGUUUUGUAUUCUGUAUAAGUAAGAGCAAAUAGUAGCUAGGCAUUUUCAUGUAGUCUUUAAUUUAUGGAUAAGUAUAUUAUCAAUUUUAUAUGUCCACGUCGCUUAUAGUUUUACGUUAAAACUAACAUACAAUCUAGAUAUCUAGAUAGACUAUAUUCUACGAUGCCCGAAGUAUGACAUUCUUGGUUAUUUUGAGAACAUUAUGUAUAAUAACUAAAUAUUUCGAAGCAAUGUAAAUAUCUUAAGAUAGGUAAGCAUCAGUUUUAUUUUGCACAUAUCUUAGGGUGGUAUUCCAACUGUCCAAUAUCUUUGUCCAAUGUCAUUGCGUCUCACUCUAAUUAAGCAAAAUGUGAGACAAAACACAUUGGACAUGUGGAAUACAACUCUUAUACACUCUUGAUUCUGGUCUGAAGCUGGCUUGGUAGUUUACAUGGGGUCAACAUUAAAAUUUAAAUUUAUGACCGAAAUAAUGUAUGUCUGCUACCAGUCAAAUAAACUUCAAAAUCGGGCAAUAAGCCUUUAUUGUUCCAAAUAGUAAAUUAGUUAAAUCUAGUAGGAGCAGAUGAUAUAUCAAAAAUAAUAUACUAUUAACGAUAUUUUUGUAUGUUAAAGGACAGCUCACAGUUUAGGGCAAUUAUGUGUGGAAGCGUGUUUUUAUAGUUUGAAAUUUAACCUUAUUUUAUAGUAUUAUAACUAUUUUAAAUCUUAUUCUAAAUAGAUUUCGUUCAAUUUAGGUUAAUGGAUUUAUACUUGCGUAAUUUUAAAGCAUAAUGUACUAGUUUUAAUGUACGUACAUCACGAAUGAGAUGAUAUAUAUCGGGUCUUACCGAACCGAAGACGUCGUUACCGAUAUUAUGUUUUUAUUGCCGUAGUGAUGUUUCAGUUUUGUGUGUAACUAACACCAGAUAUAAGCAUUUUCAAUGAAAUAUAAGCACUUCGUAUUUCUCUUAAAAACAUUUGGCUACUUGUUUCGAUAAUAACAGGGAAAUGUCCGCCUAAAAGUCUUUUUCGCUGUUCUAGCUUUCUAACACAUUGACGUAAUAUGUUUAUUUCAUAAUUUUGUAUAUUUUUAAUUUUAAGCGGGAUCAUCUUCGCUUCAAUAUGUGAUCAUGUAUUCCGAUUGAACUUAUUUUUAAGCUGGUACUGGUUUUUCAUUAUUGUACCCUAGACUUGCUGAACGCUUGUAAAUAUUUAAAACGCUGACAUUACUAUUUGCUUGUAAUAAUCCAAUUUUUAAAGUUCCGGAAUAAUUCGUCGGACACAUCUUGAAAUAUAUUAGAAAAAAUCGUUAGUCUUAUUUUACAUGUGUCAACAACUCCAAAGAAAUCCACACAAUGAAGUCAUCUUAUUUAUUGAUGCUAAUUAGAGCAAGUAAGGUAAUUGUUGCUGAAUUAAAUUAUUUUUUUAUUUAGAAAUGAUGUGUUCUGUAUAUUAAGGAUAUUAAUCAUUUUCGUUUAUGAAGUUCUUUAUUAUUUAAGUUAAAGCUCAAAUAACCCGUGUUAGUCUACGAGUAACGCUCUGAAUGACUUAUGGUUUCUACAAAUUAUUAGGUACAAUGUUUAAAAUCGAGGAAGCUUUGAUUUUGGUUUAAGGAUAUUAAAUAAGCAUAAGUACGUUAAA